AGAGAUAAACCGAAACACGAUGCCGCCGCUUCUCCUGCUGCUCCUUCCCGUCCUGAGUCCUGCUUUGGCCUGGAUUCCAGUGGAGGAUUGGGAGUCCGGCAAUGUGACUGCAUCAGUGGGCGACUCGGGCCAGUGUGUUUGUCAGGUGUAUUUGCCCGACACCACGUUCCCUGCUGACCGAGUCCAGCACAUGCAAGAAGUCAACAAGGACAUGAUGGUGGAAGUGAACAUACAAAAGAACAAGUUGGUGAGCUAUCAGGUUAAAGUGGAGAUCUAUCUGGAAGAACUGAUGAACCUGACUGUUCGUGUGGUCAUGCUGGAGACCAGUGCUGACGACUACAUCAAACUGGACUUUGAGCUGCUCAGGAUUGAGCUCAGAGAGUUCGAGGCUCUGGUGUCGCAGCUCAAAUUCUCCCUCAACUCCUCCUCGCCGCUGUUCGACAGUCUGUAUACUGAGAUUCGAAACAUGACGCUCAUCGUGAACCAACUGGAGACGUAUGACAAGAGCAACCUUGCAGUGAUCCGCAUUGAGUUUGCUAAGCUGCAGAAGAAGCUGCAGGAUUGCCAGAAGGAGCAAGAGUUCAGCAAUCCCGAUAUCGGCAACUGCAAUCACACAGGAAUCAUAAGUGUCAGCAAACCAACAGUGGUUCAACUAAAUGGUCAUCUGAGCAGCAGUUAUGUUUAUGGGGUCUGGGGAAGAGACUCCAAACCCAAUCGUGGCUACGAGUCCAUGCACUUCUUUGGUGCAUACAGCACUCCCCAUGUGUAUGACCUCUAUUUGUACACCAGCUAUGAAAACCUGAUUCUGAGAAAUCUUUUCAAACAUUAUGACCUGCCAACCGAGUGGGUCGGCAUCGGUGACAAUUACAUUCUUCACGGCAACGCCAUAUAUUACCAGCACAACUCACCCUUCAGUAUGACCAAGCUGAAUCUGACGACUGCAAAAUACGAUUACAGAGUCAUUGCAGCCGCCAGUACGGCAUUCUCGUACAGAUACUCAGAAAAUCAAAAUAUCGACUUUGCAGCGGACGAAAAUGGCUUGUGGGUGAUGUAUGCGUCCCAUGCUAGCAUGGGUAAAAUAGUCCUCGCAAAGGUAGAUGAAAACUCCUUUGGCAUCACGGACGAGUGGACAACUGGCGCCUACAAGCAGUUGGCGGGCAACGCUUUCAUGGCCUGUGGAGUCAUGUACGUCACCCGGUCAGUAGAUCUGAACACAGAGGAGAUCUAUUACGCCUACGACACCAAGACAAAGCAGGAGAAACUCCUUAACAUCCAGUUCAACAAGUUCCAGGAGAAAUACAGCAGCCUGGACUACAACCCCAUUGACCAGAAGCUCUACAUGUACAACAACGGCUACUAUGUGUCCUACAACGUGAAGUUUAACAGAGAAUAACUCCUCCCUGUCGCGAUCGCCUGUAUUGUGAUUGAUACGACUGAUCUGCUAUGUCACGAAAGCUCCUUCCAUUUCUUUUUCUCCUGAAUAAAAUCAAACUGAAGCAUUCAAA